AUGGCCAAGAGUGCAGAAGUGAAGCUGGCGAUCUUCGGGCGAGCAGGCGUGGGCAAGUCAGCUCUCGUGGUGCGCUUCCUGACCAAGCGGUUCAUCUGGGAGUACGACCCAACGCUGGAGUCGACAUACCGUCACCAAGCUACCAUUGAUGAUGAAGUGGUUUCCAUGGAGAUACUAGACACAGCUGGCCAGGAGGAUGCCAUUCAGAAGGAAGGCCACGUGCGAUGGGGAGAGGGCUUCGUGCUGGUGUACGACAUCACGGACAGAGGCAGCUUCGAGGAAAUGCUGCCGCUUAAAAACUUGUUGGAUGAAGUCAAAAAGCCCAAAAACGUCACCCUGAUCCUGGUGGGGAACAAAGCAGACUUGGAUCACUCCAGGCAAGUCAGCACAGAGGAAGGUGAAAAGCUGGCCACGGAACUUGCAUGUGCUUUUUACGAGUGCUCUGCUUGCACGGGAGAGGGGAACAUCGUGGAGGCGUUCUACGAGCUGUGCCGGGAGGUGCGGCGCCGCAAGAUGGUCCAGGGCAAGACUCGGAGGCGAAGCUCCACCACCCACGUCAAGCAGGCCAUUAAUAAGAUGCUUACCAAAAUCAGCAGCUAAAAGAGAGCUGUCCGAAGGCAGAGAAGCAUUCUAGAGUGUGCUUCUGACUAAUGUGGGGAAAAAAAAAAAAAAAAAACACCAAGGGAAAAAAAACCCCAAAAACCACCAAA